AAUUUUCUUGUCAAAAGCCUGAGUAUAUAUUUCGAGAGAUGUUAUAAUCACGAUACUCAACUCAUACUCAUACUCAAGAGCUCAGUGCACACAAACCGCGCAAUUAUUCUCUUCAAGAAAAAUCCAACAUUUCUGUGAAGUUUGUUAUAUAUCAGAAGAAUUCACGUGGAAUAUUUGAAUUAUUUAAACAAAAAAAUUUAUUUUGGAAACUCUUUAAAAAAGUUCAUUUUUUCGCUUUUGGAAAUAUUGCAAAAUGUUCCACAAGGGGCAAUUCUUAGCUGGAACAGUCAUUUCGCCAUCGAAACAACGGAGAAAUCUAGCAGACUUUAAGCCUCGUCCCGGUUCCCGACCUAGAGGUAAACAGUCUGAUACAAACGAAUCUUCUAGAGAAGUAUUAUCGACAUCUAUUAGCUCUUCAUCCGCGGAAAAUGAACCUAUUGAUUUAAGUUCUACAUCAACUUCGUUUGAUCAGGAAGGAAGACGAAUUAAGAGAAAAAAGUAUAAAAAAAAUAUGAAAAAACCAGAAAUUGAAGAAAGAGAUCCUUUAGAAGAUCUUCUAAAAUAUUUCCGACUAAUUUACGAAUGUUCUCUUUGUCACUUUAUCGCUCACCGUUCCUCAGGCUACGACCUCCAUGCUCAAAUGAAACAUAACAGCCGGUCGAAAGCAAUUCCAUAUUACCAAUGCCGUGAUGAUGAUUGUGAACUUCUUUGCGACACCGAAGUAUCUGCAUGGGAUCAUUUGAAAAAUACUCAUAAUAUAGAUUUAGGUCCGAAACCAAAAACUAAUAUUGUUGGUAAAGUUUGUGAGCUAUUUGAUGAUAGAUUUCGUCAAGAGGAUUCUCUGUCACCUUCACCGAAAAAAAGUAAGAUUAACGAAAGCAAAUUACCGUCAAGAACAAAUAUUCUUUCUACAUCAGAUAGAUCACCACCGUCUUUAACCAAAGUCAACACAGAGGAGAAACACUCAAGUCCUGUUAAGAAAGCUGAAAUUCCUAAAAUUUCGGCCGUUCAAGAAGCUGAACCUUUUGAUUAUUCCUUGAAACUUUCUCCUGCGGCUCCUGAAGAAGUUAACGGUGAAGAAGAAUCUGCAGAUGAUGAUUCAAUGUCGUCGAACGAAUCUCCAAAUCUCGUAAUUGACUUAUCUCCCAAAGCUGAGGAAGAACCAAUUGAAACAAAAGAAAAACCAUUACCAUCAAUCCUUACUUUUUCUGAAAAGCUUUCUGCUGCCGAUUAUCCACAACCAAGGACAUCAUAUAUUUCCGACGAAGCUGCUGAUAUGGCUUGUGGAAGGUAUAAAAUUGCUCCUCAUUCCUCUGUUGCGCUAUGGUGGGAUAGAAUUGGUGCAGCAGUCGUCAACCAUCGAAGACAGUUAUCUCAAGAAGGUAUAGUUACUGAUUGUAAUUAUGGUAGUAAACCGACUUACCAGAAACCUAAAAAACGUCCAACAAAAAAAGCGCAAGCUGAGGAUUCCUCUGGUCCAAAACCACUUAAAUUCAUUCUUCCUAAGCAAGUCCCAACUUCUACUAAUACAGUCACCCAACCCUCAAUGCCUAUCGUGGAGCAAAAUACCGGGAAAAGUUCUGGAAAAACUACAAAAAAGGCAGCUCCCUCUACCUCAUCGAAAAAUAAAUAGAACCUUUUUCUAUGUCUGGAUUUUAAAGGGAGGAGAGUGAUAGAGAGAGCGAGGGAGAGAGGGAGAAGGAAAGAGAGAGAGAGAGAGAGAAAGAAAGUGUGUGUGUGUCUGUGUGUGUUUAUGUGUGCGUAUGCAUCUAUAUGUAC